CGCAGUCCGGACACUUCCGCUCGAGGCAGACGAGGCCGCGUCAGGACCCCUAUGGGAGCUCUGCAUUGCCAGGCCUUGGCCCUUCCCCAGAAAGAGCAGGAGAAAAUGACCGAGCUUCAGGAGGCAGUGACCUUCGAGGACGUGGCUGUGGUCUUCAGCAAGGAGGAGCUCCGGCUGCUGGACCCCCCCGAGAGGCAGCUGUACCGAGACGUGAUGCUGGAGAACUUCCGGAACCUGGUCUCUGUGGGAUAUGAACCCUUCCAAUUAGACAUGAUAUUGCAGCUGGGGAGAGAAGAGAAGCUUUGGAUGACAGAGUCAGAAACCCAAGCCGGGAGUUCAGGAAACAGGAAUAAAAAUGAGAUAGAAACUCUUCAAGAAGUAGGCUUAAAGUGCCUUUUACAAGAAGACCUUCUGUGCUGGCCAAUGUGGGAACAGUUUAUAAAGAAAUUAACCAGAAAUCAAGACUUGAUAAUAAAUCUGCAAGACAAGAGGUCCAAAUUGCCAGAACAAGGUGAUUCCUGUCAGGAGUGGGCAGGAAGCUAUUCUGGAGAAUCUGUUCAGGCUUCUGAGGAUGAGAACUGUAUAAUAAAGCUUCCAGGGGAGAGUUCCAAUAGUAUACAAGAGUUUCCAAUUAAGACCAUCUGGGAUUUCUGGAAGAAAAUGUACCUGAGAGAGUCACAGCAUCAUCAGAGUAGUUGUCAGCAAAUUGAUGUAAAAAAUAAACUGUUUAAGUGUGAUCAUUGUAUUAUGAGAAAGACCCCUCAUCACCGUGCUGAUCAGAAAGUACACAAAAGUGUGAGGACUUGCUGCCACAGUAACUGUGGGAAAGACUUCACGAAGAAAUCAGUACAGCAUAGUGCACUGCACUCAGGAGAGCAACCUUCUAUUAAGAAUGGAAAACAGUUUGGCCUUGGCUUUGAUCUUGAACUUCAUCAGCAAUUGCACCUAAUCAAGAAGCCCCAUACACGUAGUGAGUGUGGGAAAGGCAUCAGUUACAGCUCAGAGCUUUGCAUUCAUCAGAGUGCUCACACAGGAGAGAAGUGCUGUGGGAAUGAGGAGUGUGGUGAGGACUUCAUUCUGAGCUCUCAUCUGCAAACUUGUCCUGGAGUCAGCAUACGAGAGAAACCUUAUAAAGGUCAGGUAUGUGCUAAGAGCUUCAAUCAGAACCCUUCUGUCACUCAUGAGCCCACUCACCCAGGAGGGCAUAUGUGUAGGUGUGACAGGGGUGGGAAGGGUACCAGUCAUAGCUUAGGUCCUAAUACUCACUGUGUAGACAACACUGGAAAGAAAUCCUGUAAUUCUGAGGUGUGUGGUAAAGGCUUCGGUCAGACAUCACAACUUCAAGCCCACCAGAGAGCCCACCCCAGAGACAAAAUAUACAAAUGGGAGGCAUGUGACAGGCUAUUUAAUCAGACCUCUGGUCCCCGUCAGAGAGCUUAUGCUGGAGAGAAGUUGUAUAAAUGUGAGGUAUGUGGGAAGGACUUCAGUAAGGCCUCAAAUCUCCAAGCCCAUCAAAGAAUUCACACUGGAGAGAAACCAUAUAAAUGUCAUGUGUGUGAUAAGAGCUUCAACCAGAAUUCCCAUCUUCAGGCCCAUCAGAGAGUCCACACAGGAGAAAAACCAUACAAAUGUGACAUAUGUGGUAAGGGCUUUAGUCAGAGUUCACAUCUUCAAGCCCAUCGGAGAGUCCAUACAGGAGAGAAACCCUACAAAUGUUUUGACUGUGGUAAGGGCUUCAGUAAGAGUUCACAUCUUCAAGCCCAUCGGAGAGUCCAUACAGGAGAGAAACCCUACAAAUGUUUUGACUGUGGUAAGGGCUUCAGUAAGAGUUCAUGUCUUCAGGUUCAUCAGAGAGUCCAUAAUGGUGGUAAGUCCACUACACAUGAUGAGUGUGGUAAAAGUGUUCUUCAGAAUUUAGACUUCUCAUUUUCAUCGGAAAACCUACACAGCAGAGAAUGUUUAUAAAAUGUGUUUUAAGAAUUUAGAAGUAAACUGAGUUUUUUUUUUUAUAGUCAUCUGAAUUCCACUGGAGGAAACCUAUUGUAUAGAUAUGACCAGUGUUUCCAACAGAGCUCAAAGUGUCACAUUUCUCAAAAGAAUGCAAAACAGAGAAACCCUAUAAGAAUGGUGCAGUAUGUUUCAAUCAGAACCUUCAUGUUCAAUAGACUCUAUAUGGGAGAGAGGUCUUAAAAAUGGUAAGUAAGGGAACAACCUAAGACAGGCACAGUCGCAGGGGGGCCAUCAGGUGAAAAAUUGGGGAUCAACAGAGGUGAGGCUUAGAACCUCACCCCCUGUGUUUUGAGAGAAAUCUUCUGCAUCCGUGGAUGUUUUGUUGCCCUUGUCUAGCUUGGAUUAAUACUUAGUCUACAGGCACACACCUGAUCAUCUACAUUUGCCCUCUUACAGCACUAAAUUAUGUUUUCUACCUUUAUCUUGCAUCUACCUACCACUUCAGCAUUUUAUUUAAAAAUAAAUAAAAAUAAAAUAAAUAAAUAAAUAUAAAUAAAAAUAAGGGAGAAAUGUGGGAUUCACAUAUAAAUCAAGUAUAAAAAUCAAAUGAAUAAUCAUAUCUGACUUGAUUGUUGAUAGUUCAUGAUGCGUGAUCAAAACCGAAAGUUUCUGUGAUAUGACUGCCCUUGCACUGUUCACCAUGUAAGAACUUAUUCACUAUGUAAGGACUUGUUCACCAUGUAAGAACUUGUUCGUUAUGCUUCAGAAGAUUGGAGACUGACGAGAAUUAGGCUUGGGGUGGAUUAAUGAUUGUGCAUUGAGUCCCCUAUACAGAAUUUUAUUGUUGUUAACAACCAUUUGAUCAAUAAAUAUGAGUGAUGCCUUCUCAAAAAAAAAAAUGGUAAGUAAGGUCAGGACUUCGGCUAAAGUAUAAUGAUACACACAACAAAAUCCACAUCCACUCGAAUGUAAGCUCCAUGAGGACAGGAAGUUUGUUUACUGCUAAAUGACCAUGACCUUUAACCAGUGCCUAACAAAUAGUAGUUACCCUGAAAAUGUCUAACUUGAUGGAGAAGAAAACACUGUUAUAAAUAGGACAAAUAUUUUAAAAUUGUAAUGAGCUCAACCCCAAAGUAAAUUGUACAAGGAAAUAGAUUCUUGGAAGAAACCUUAAAAAUUAAUUCAAGGAAAUGAUCACUUAAUAAAAAUACAUAAAAUCCUG